GAAGCAAAAGGAUGAAGACCGCUGUCUGUUUGUCAGUCUUCCUCAUGGUUUUGUUCCAGCUGUCCCGUGCUGUGACUGUAAUGGAGGGAGACCUUGAGUUCUCUCUGGAGUCAGUGAAGGCACUGGGGGCUCUGAUAACCAGAGAUGUUGCGUCAGCUAAGCAGGAGCUCCAGCUGGUGGAGGUCAAAGCAGCUGCUGUGUGUUCUCACCCCGCUCUGCCUAAAGACUUCAAAGCUCUGUGUCUGAGGAAAGAUGCUGGAGCAUCUCUGGCCAGACUAGCGUUGGUGGCUUCCCACUAUGAUGCCUGUGAGAUCUGUGAAUCUGUUGCCUGCACUGGCAGUUGAAAGGGAAACUUGCAUAAUGGCGUCAUCUUUCACAGAAUGAUAUCUCUAAAAUCAAGCAAAGGAAAUCAUUGAUUAUACUGUGUAUUUCCCAUUCUAUACACGUGGUCAACUUUUGUACAUCUGGUGAAAGCUUUAAAAUAGUGUUCCAUGGUUUGUUGUUGAAAUCUCAAUAAAAUAUCAGAAAAUCACAAAA